CUGCCUGCACUGAAAAUAUGAGACGUUUGCAUCCCACUUGUGUUUGUCCUGCUAUACAUGAGUUGGGUGGUUUGCAACAAGUUGCUCUGUCAUCUAUUCUUUGAGUAUCUUCUUUAAACACCAGGUGUGGGUGGCCGUUUCUGCCACCGAGACUGCAGCCAGUCUAGCUUUCCUUGUAGCAGUCCCUAGCUGCAGGAAUGUCAGAAGCAACACAGUAAUUUCAUGUCUAGCUUCUCUUGAGAGGGGAGCAAAUCAUUCAUGUGUGCGUUUGCUAAGUCCUGUGCAACACCUUAUUUGACAGCCCCAGUAGAAGCAAGCCUUGCUUUCAGCAUGUCACUUUCAACAUUCAUCAUGUAGCUUGAAGAUUUGAGAACAAUAUUUGCUCUGCAAAGUUGAAGUCCGUCAGAAGGGGUCUGGAGAGGUCCUGUUCUGACAAGUUAUGCCCAAAUAUUCACAAAUAUCUCCAGACACAGAUGAAACUCCAGGAGUAGAAUGGCUGAUGAUCACAGCACUAGAGUCCUUAAAGUAUGUGUGAGAGCCAUGUCUCAGUACCAGGAUGACUAAAUUCUUCAUCUAAAAAAUGGAAAGCAAAACUGAGAUGCUCUUAAAGGUGCUGACAAAAACCAGCAUGAAAUGCUGUCACCUGUUGGAUGGAGGGUGGAAGAGAACCAUCAGUGUGGAGCAAGAGGCAAGAAUCUUGCAAAAUGCCAUUGCAGUUACCAGCCCAGAAACUUUUGAAGCUCUGAAAUCCUUUGAAGCCAGGAGCGAUGACAUGAUUUUAGCAGGCUAUCCUAAAUCGGGAACCAACUGGCUUGGACAAAUCCUGAGGGAGUUGGAAUCAACAGAUGCCAAAUAUACAGAAGAAGAAAUGAAAGAGAGAAUAAAUGAGGAAAAUAAGUUAAAGACAUUUCCACGUCUGGAAUUUGGAGAUCCUGGGAUAUACGAGAGGAUGAAGAAAUUGCCUUCUAGAAGAAUUAUUGUAACCCAUCUGCCACCUCAUCUCCUGCCACCAUCCAUUCUCCAAAGUAAAGCUAAGGUUCUUCUGCUAGUCCGGAACCCCAAAGACACAGCUGUCUCCUAUUACCACUUCUACAACAACAUGCCAGUGCUGCCAUCCUUUGCCUCCUGGGAUGAGUACUUUCCAGCAUUCAUGAAUGGGAAAGUGACGUGGGGAUCUUAUUUUGACCACUUAGUGGAAUGGAACAAAUACAUUGACCAUGAGAGGAUCAUGAUGAUAAGCUAUGAGGAACUCAAAGAGGACCAGGUACUGGGAAUGAAAAGGAUUGCUGCCUUCUUUGGAUUUUCCCUAUGUGAGGAAGAUUUCGCAAGAAUUGCUGAAAAGACUACUUUCCAAGCUAUGAAAGCCAAAUCCAAAGAAACCCAUGGAAAUUUUGGAGACAUCCUCUUUCAGAAGGGGGUUGUUGGGAGCUGGAGAGAUCUCUUCUCUAAAGCUCAGAAUGAAGAAAUGGAUCAGAAGUUUGAAGAGUGCCUAGGAGGAACCAAGCUGGCAGCAAAGAUGAAAUAUGAUGUGUACUGCAAGGCCUGAAAAUAAGCAGAGGAGCAUCAUGUCUGCUUAUUUUCAGGCCUUGUCUGCUCUUCUUCAAAGAUAACUGUCCAAAGAUGGACAGGCCUCCAUGUUUCCUCCCUAUGAGAAGGGAGAGAAAUCCACAGAGAUCUACCUAGCAGCUUCAAGCAUUGGAAUGGUAAUUCUUCAACUUGGGCUGGGCCUGGAGCGUGUGUUCUGCUUAAUGCAACUAAAUAAAAUGUGCACAAGCCUUGAA